AUGUCUUUGAGCGAAUCAAUAACCACGGAAGGACCGGCUAUGCGCCGCCUUGUGAAGGUUGCGCAGAGCAUUUCUGCCAUACGAGGGAAUGAUGCACGCAGCCUUAACCCAAACGUGAUGUUUGAAUGUAACCCUCAUACGUCGCUUGAGAACGUCUCCUGCGGCUCUUUCGUCAUGCAGGAUACGCCCAAGCCCGAGCACUCCUGCAGCGAUCUCUCGUUGCCAUUCGCGUGCACGCACGAUUGUUCAGACACAGCAUACAAACAGGUGGUGCCGGCGUUGCUUCAGAGGAUGCACGACCGCAUGUGCAAGGACCCACGCAGGCGGUUCAUUAUCGGUAUGACAGUCGAAGACGCAAAACUCAGGAUAUGGUUUUGUAAUCGCUCAGAGCUACUUGUCAGUGAAGCGGUGUCCAUUAUGGAGGACGACGAAGUCGUUGUCCGUUUCCUGCUCACGGUGAUGUACGCCAAUGAGGAAGAGCUCGGUCUAGACCCUACGAUGCGCGUCGUGCUCGACCCCAGCGGCAACAUAUGGCGCGAUGACGACCGUGCCCCGCGAUAUGACAUCACAAUGCGGAUGGGCGAGGACCCGGUGGUGUAUCGUACGACGGGACCGCACUACAAUUCCGGUAUGGGCGGGCUCAUCGGGCGCGGGGUGCGGAUCUGGCAAGUGAGAAAGCUCGAGGGCGGGAAGGAAUGUGGUGCAGCGCUCGUGCUGAGGGACGAAUGGGCGGCAGCCAACUGCCCCCGAGAGGGUGCGGUCCUGGCGCGCCUGAUGGGUCGGCGCGCGGGGGGCGGUUCAGUCCGGUACGCAUGUCCGGAUGCUGUGAGGCUGGUGUGUCAUGGCGACGUGCUUGUGGAUCGAAGUGUGGAUGCCACCCUGGAUCUCGACGCUCUGGAUAGCGCGUCUGCGAUCAAGCCUGCGUUCCGUUACCGCGCUGUGGGCAAUGCAAGCGGGACCAGCGGGGGGCGAGGUUCGACUGCGGAGGUAUUGCUUGAGGAGCCUCGCGCGAGUAAGAGAAGCUGGCUUGAGCAGCACCAUCGCCGGGUGCACUACCGUAUCGUGUGCGACGUGUCGUACAAGGUCCUCGCGAAGGAGACUUCGCUGCACAAUGUGGUCUCCGCGCUCAUAGACGCACUAGUAGGUCUGGGCUACCUGCACGAGAGUGGUGCGGUGCAUAAGGACGUUAAUCCGAGUAACGUCAUUAUUCACUGCGAGACCGAAGGCAAUGUGCGCGCAAGCCUAGUCGACCUGGACGACGCGCGUCAAAGCGUGCCAUGCGGGCCUGUGUUCGUGGUCUGUGUGCCUCGCGAGGACGGGCGCGGAGUGGACGAGAUGCGGUUUCCGCUAGGCGAUGCACCGAGAGUUGCGGAGCUGGUAUAUGCAAAGAAAGCGAGGGUAUCUGUGGAGCUGCCUGGAAGAUAA